AUGAGUAUCGAACCAACAUUUCGAGGAUAUAUCGAAACAACUCAAGAUACUCUUCUCAUUUUUGAAGCAUGUAGAAGAAUGAUGCUUACAAGAAUAUGCCGACGCCUUCAAGAGAAAGAACGUAAGAUUGUAUCAUCAGGAAGCGUGUUUGUUUUUGAUGAACGCGAAUCAGGAAUAAAACGUUGGACAGAUGGUUUAGUAUGGAGUCCAUCACGAAUUCUUGGAAACUUUCUUAUUUAUCGUGAGCUGGACAAACGAGCACCAGCCGGAAAGAAGGAUUCAUCACCAGUCGAAAGACAACGUAGUAAUAGCACAGAUAUGGAAUCCCAAGCGGAGAAAAAUAAGGAACGCGCCCUUGUUGGUAGUCUCACAAAUUCAUAUCGUUUCAAAAAAGGAGGUUUAAUUAAAAAAACAAUGUCCAUUAUGGUUAAUGGAGUCAGUCAACAUAUGAUAAGUUAUUAUACGAAAGAAGAUGUAAUGGCAUGUAAACUCAAAACACCUUCUUCAAUACCCUCCUUAGCUAUUCUUGAGAUUGCACCAGAAUUUUUGUUGAAACAAAAUUUCAGGAUACCACCGGUAAUUGAGUCGACUUACGAACAAGGUGAACAAAACUCACCAAGUAUGAUGGAAAUGGAAAAUUCCACAACUAAUGUUGAAAUUUAUCGAUCUACACCAACAUAUUAUUCAGCUGGUACAUCAAAUUCAACAUCUAAUUAUCCAGCAACGAUGCAUCAUCCAACUCAUUAUGCAUCAACUUAUGGAACUCAAGGACAUCAUCAUACAACAAUUUCAAAUGGAAUUAUAGAUGGAACACAUUCCACAACUUUACCUAUGCCACCACCGAUUCGUUCCUUUAUGAAUAAUCGUCCAUAUCAUCAUGAUUUUCCUCCUCUUAAUGCUUCACAUAUUAACACUUCCGCUACAUCACGAUUAACAACAUCACAUCCAAAUGAUAAUGACUCAACUGCUGCAACUACUCAAACAUUCAAUGCCACUAUUAAUCCUUUAUAUACUACUGGAAGUCCUUAUAACGAUUUAUCAUCUUCAAAUAUUCCUGAUUUAUAUAAUACUUUAAAUUCACCUUCAUCAACUGCUUCACAAUCUCAUCAUCAUGAAUCUUUAUCUACUACGCCACCUACACUCCCCGCUAUUUCAUCACCUAUUAAUACCGCAAGUACUACAAAUAAUAAUAGUUCAAAUAAUGAUCCUGCAACUCCUCUUAGUUCUCCAAAUAAUACUGCAACUAUUGUUAAUUCUGGUAAUGGAGGAAAUUCUAAUUUAUUUGGAUCUAAUUAUACACAAUAUUAUCAAACACUCAUAAAAAAUGAAGGUUAUCCUUCCGUUUCCGUAUCAUCUAAUAGUUUUAUUUAUGAUCCAUAUACUACAAAUAUUAGGAAUGAUAGUUGGGAAAUGAGAAAUUAA